GAUGUUGACAUGUUCUUAGCAAGGAAGUCGAUGAGGUGUAUUUUGUAUACACAAGUCAACCGCCGUCUGGUCGCUAAUGUGUUCGAUGUUAAAGAGUUUCACGUAGAAACACAUAAACGUAACAGAGCUAGCUAGCUAACGUACGAGCUCGAACGGCAACAGUUUGGUAUUCGAGCUAAAUUUCAUCGGCAUUGUUGGUGACUUCUGCUGUCAUGUUGAGCUUGUUUCCCCCCCGGUUAGCCACCCUUUGGCUCUCCUAGCUGAGGUGGAAAUACAUAUGGGGGACCGUAUCACUAGAGGAUGGAGGAUUUAACCAGGAAUCAUCAUGGCUGCUGUGACGGUGUGGCGUUACACCAGCGGCCGUGUCCUCGGAGGAUGGGGUCCGCUGCUGUGUGUCGUCGUCGGCUCUCUGGUGGCCCUCCUGAUGCCCCUGGUGGGAGUGGAGAAGCAGUGCUGUGCCUCCCUGAAGGGCAUCGCUCAGCUCCGCUGCCAGCUGUGGGGGAGCUCUCAGCAGCCUCCAGCUGUGCAGUCCACCAGCCUCACUGUCCCGUUUACUGCCCUUGAUCUGCUGCCUCAGAGGUCCAAGCCGAGCAAAGAGAUGAAGCUGGAGGCCAAAGCAGCACUGCUGCAGGCUCUGGAGAUGAAGAAACUGGGGAAGAGGGAGAAGGCUCACAAGCUGUUGGUGCAUGCACUCAGCAUGAAUCCAGAGUUUGUGGAUGCCCUAACAGAGCUGGGGACCAUUCUGGAGGAGGAGAAGGACGUCGUUCAGGCAGAUCACCUCUACACCAAAGCCUUGGCGAUCUCGCCAUGUAAUGAGAGAGCUCUGGUCAGCCGAGACCGAACUCUUCCCUUGGUGGAAGAGAUUGAUCAGCGUUACUUCGGCAUCAUUGACAGUAAAGUGCGACGGCUCAUGUCCAUUCCUAAAGGCAACUCUGCACUCCGCCGGGUGAUGGAGGAAACCUACUAUCAUCACAUCUACCACACGGUGGCCAUCGAAGGCAGCACACUCACUCUGUCUGAGAUCCGUCACAUCAUCGAGACGCGUUACGCCGUCCCUGGGAAGAGUCUGCAGGAGCAGAACGAGGCCAUUGGUGUGGAUGCAGCCAUGAAGUACAUCAACACCACGCUGUUGUCAAGAACGGGAACCAUCACCGUCAGUGACAUCCUGGAGAUUCACAGGCGGGUGCUCGGCUACGUAGACCCUGUGGAAGGAGGGAGGCUUCGCACGAGUCAGGUGUUUGUGGGUCACCACAUCCCACCGCACCCACAGGACCUGCAGAGGCACAUGCAGGAGCUGGUACAGUGGCUCAACUCUGAGGAGGCCCUGCAGCUGCACCCUGUGGAGUAUGCAGCUCUCGCCCACUACAAACUGGUGUACAUACACCCAUUUGUAGACGGCAAUGGACGCACGUCACGGCUGCUCAUGAACCUUGUGCUCAUGCAAGCGCGAUACCCACCCAUCACUAUUCGCAAAGAGCAAAGGGCAGAAUAUUAUGCAGCUCUAGACACGGCCAAUGAAGGUGAUGUACGGCCCUUCAUUCGCUUUAUAGCCAAAUGUACAGAGAUGACAUUGGACACAUUGUUGAUAUCUACAACUGAGCACGCCGUGGGGCUGCCAGCAGCCAGUCAGGACCAGGCCUGUCUGGACUGCAAACAGACCAUCCCGAUCCACAACUGAGCUGGAUAACGGGAGGAGAAAGGGAGCAUGAGUGGCUAGCAUGCAGCGAAUGGUUGUGACUCAUCUAAAAGCUAAUAAGUGAUAAUUGCCUUGUCAUUUGGUUAUAUCCCACUUUGUCACCCCGUUGCUUCAGUUUGGGUUCUAUACCUGCUGAAUUCAUGGCAACUGCUGCAGGAUGAUGUUUAAUUAGAAUCUGAUAUUGCUGUGUUUAGGGUUGCUUUCAUGAAAAUCUUUCCCCUACACAAUCAGAAGUAACCUUCUUCUCAUUUAAAGUUUUAGUCCCACGGGAGCUUUAAUGCAUUUUAUUUCCCAUCACAAUAUCAAGUGUGACUACUGGUGACAUGAGGAGGAAAGAAAAUUUUCUAAUCCUGCCACUUGACUGGGGAUACUUCAGUGUUUUCCACUGCAGAUGUGAAUAUUUAGUUCAUAAUCUUUGGGAUAAAGGUGAUGUCUCAACACUGUAAAGCACUUUCGUGUAUUUGAUUAUUUAUUUUAUUUUAAAAUAAAAGCAUUCUAUUAACUUCCACCA